AUGGCGUUCGACAGGACGGAGAGAUUCACGAAAGUGGCCGCGCCGACUCCCGCCCGGGUGGGCCCGGGGACCUACGAUGUAUCGGUGCCAUCAAAGCCAGCCCGAGACCCGAACAACGCUUAUCCAUUUUUGAGCGGAGCCAGCAGGCAGACACUCGGCAUACCAAAAGACGCGCAUAAGUUUCCGGGUCCUGGCUCGUACAAUAUAGAGGCGCCGCGGAAACGUAUACCAGAACGUGCACUUUCCCUAUUCAUGCCUCAUUUAUUUGGGGGAGUCAGUCUUGAUUACACCGACGUUAGAUUUAAGGAAAAGAUACGUGACGGAUCAAAGUACGAUUUGUUUAAAGACACUCCACGAAAAAUAGAAUCUCGCCCGAGCACUUGGCGUGGCUCAGCAGGCAAACUAUGGCUGAUCCGUCCGCCGCGACCGUUCGCAACAGGACUUUCCGUUCCUUCGAAACGUGACUUUGGCGGAUACGAUUACGACGAGCGAGGCGUACUUGUAAAAGUUCCUCCGGUCAUCGAGCACAAGCCAGCCGAUUUCUACGAUGUUCCUCGGGGGGAAACAAACUUUACCGCGCUGAAAUACAAAGGGAACUUUUGGAGCAGAAUGAAGGGUAGAGAUGACGAACGGACUUCCGUGACCCCGGGUCCCGGAGACUACGAGCACGAAACAAAGAAAAGUCCCACCCAAAUCCAGGAGGAGAGAACUAGGGAAGCGAAAAGAGCCGCCGCUAAGCAGCCGCGUUUCUUGGAAGCUUUGUACCAGCAAAAAUUACGCCAAAACUUUCCAGCUCCCAAUCAUUACGGCCUACCAAAAAGCGUGUUCGAUAAGCACAAACGUAUUGCGUGCAAAUGUGACCCUUUUAAACGGGUAAAACGCCCGCCAUUCAGUCAAACUGCGAAGAAAUUUGAAAUUCAAUUGGAUACACCUGGUCCUGGAGCAUACGAAAUUAUAGUUCCGCAAAUUUGUUACGGUUCUAUUCUUCGCGCACCUUUUGGCGCUUUCGAUAAUCGUUUCAAACGAACUAUCGACGUGAUAACACCAGGGCCCGCAGAUUAUUACACGCAAGUCGGAACUUUAGCUUUUGAAUCUGCAAAGCGUUUCAAAAAUAAACGCGAAAAACGUUUUGAUUACUUAAAAUUUUGUGAAACACUGACAUCGAUAAGCGACCAUGAAUAUACGAUAACCGAUAAAUUUAAAGUAGCAAAAGGAAAACUUCGCGCUAGUAGUCGCAAUAAGUCUGUGGUCAGACCGAGCGUCCGAAGAUUCUUUCGGGUUGCUCGGGAAUCUGUGGGCUCGGUGGAGCCGAGUAAUCCGGGAAGCGCAAGGUAA